AUGGUCAUCAGAAACGAGAGUGGCCAAAGGAGACAGGAUGUGAUCAUCAUGGCACCUGAAUUACUGAUUCUUUUGGGGGCGGCAGUAAUACUGCAAGCAGACUUACUUCCUGAUAAAAAAUUUUUACUUCUACCACCAGUCAAUUUCACCAUUAAAGCUGUCAAUUUAGCUCAAGUUCUUUUACGUUGGGAACCAAAUCCUGAUCAAGAACAAAGCAAUGUCCAGCUAGGAUAUCAUGUGAAAAUAAAUGCUCCACAAGAAGAAGAGUACGAAACCAGGAACACUGAGAGAAGCCUCGUAACCAUCCUUCACAAAGGCUUUUCAGCAAGUGUGCAGACAGUGCCGUGGAGCGACCACUCCCUACAAGCCAGCAGCUGGGUUUCUGCAGAACUUAAGGCCCCACCAGGGUCUCCUGGAACUGAGAUUGUGAAUUUAACUUGCACCACAAACACGAAGGCAGAUAAUUACACACACUUCCAACCAUACCACAUUUCUCUUCACUGCACCUGGCUUGUUGGCAAGGAUGCCCCUGAUGAUACACAGUAUUUCCUCUACUAUAGGUAUCGCUCUCGGAUUGAAGAAUGUCAGGAAUACAGCAAAGAUGUCCUGCAGAGAAAUGUUGCCUGUUGGUUUCCCAGGACUUUCAUCAACAGCAAAGGGCGAGACUCCCUUGCAGUGUAUGUUAACGGCUCGAGCAAGGAAGCUGCGAUCAAGCCUUUCGAUCAGCUCUUUGCCCUUCAUGCCAUUGAUCGAGUAAAUCCUCCAGCGAACGUCACGGCAGAGCUCAAAGGAACCUGUCUCUCUAUCCACUGGGAAAAACCAGUUUCUGCUUUUCCAAGCCACUGCUUUGAUUAUGAGGUGAAAAUUUACAAUGCAAAAAAAGGAUAUUUUCAGACAGAAAAAAUGACAACCAAUACGCUCAUCACCAUCAUUGAUGAUGUUUCUAAGUAUUACAUUCAAGUGAGAGCAGCGGUGAGCUCUGUGUGCAGAGCGACGGGGCUCUGGAGUGAGUGGAGUCAACCUAUUUACGUGGGGAAGGAUGAUCAGAAGCCCUGGACAGAGUGGUUCCUUAUUGCAGUUAUGAUGACCAUCUGCUUCAUCUUGUUAAUCUUCUCACUCAUCUGCAGAAUAUGCCACUUAUGGACCAAGUUGUUUCCACCUGUUCCAGUGCCAAAAAGUAAUAUUAACGAUUUCUUUGUAAUCAUCAACAAUGAGAAAACUGGUUCCACUGAAACUGAAGUCAUAAGUUAUGUGGAGGAGGCUGGAUUUGAGACCCUGGAAGACUCUGUGUUUUGA